AUGUACUUCCCCCCUCAACUCUCAUCUUCGCCACAGUUAACCCAACCCAAAAACCUCGACCAUCGCCUGCAUCCGUCCCGACCUCAUCUCACCCUUUGCCAGCCACCCCCCGUCUCUCUCUCUCGUCCCGCUUCGAACCACAGCUCGUGUUCUCCUGGCCUUUUGCAACAUUCCAGAAAGGACCCACGACAAUUUACCCGGUUCUCGUUGCUUCUUCUGCCCCUCCUCGCCCAGGAGCCGCCCUUCGAACCAGAGAAGGAGCCGUCGUCGCAGUUUGGGAAAUCAAUCGUCGACCCCGUUUCCAGGACAGUCCCCAUGGAGAACAACCUAUGGACUCGCCGCACUAAGACACUGAACGCUAAACCCUUCCCCGACAGCUCGGGCAAGCUUUCCCUCUCGACCUCCGGCCACGGGACUACUGCGCCGGCGGCCGGCGAUUCCACCCGCAAUGGCUCCUUCUCGAAGAGAUUCGGAGGCGACUCCUCCUCCCACGGAAAAUCCAACCCUUUCAACACCGUGACCACCCCUGGCGGCUCCGGCGUGGCGUCGCCCACCGCGAGCGCCUCGAAUGCCUUUGGCCUCGGCUCCGGUGCAUUCGCCUCCUUCGGUUCCGGCAAGACGCCCAAAUCCACGGGGAACCCCUUCGAAGCGACCUUGGGGAAGAACCAGUCGUCGUCUGCCAAGGCCGGUUCCUCCGACAAGGCCCCCGGCGACUCCUCCCUAGCGAAGGCGCCGUCCAUGGCCUCCAUCGCCGAGAUCGCGUCGGGGACCGGUACCGGUUCGAAGACCAAUUCGGGCUCGCAAACCAGCUCCGUCCGCGGCUCCUCCGAGGUGGCCCGGCCACCACACACCGGCCCGAGAACACACCCCCUGAAAUACGAGUGGGUGACGUGGUGCCGGCCCUGCCAGCCCAAGGGCCAGCCGUUCGAGGAGUACGCCAAGUCCCUGACACCGCUGGUCCACUGCAGCACGCUGGAGGAUUUCGUCCGUGGCUUCAGACACCUCAAGCACCCCUCGGAGCUGCCGGUCGGCUGGGAGUACCACUUCUUCAAGAAGGGGAUCCGCCCCGUCUGGGAGGACGAGGUGAACCGCAACGGUGGCAAGUGGGUGCUGCGCCUGAAGAAGGGCAUUGCCGACCGGUACUGGGAGGACACGCGUUUUGCCCUCCUCGGCGACGCCUUUCAGGACGUGGGCGAGGAGAUUUGCGGCGGCGUGGUGAGCAUCCGUAAUGGGGAGGACGUCAUUAGCAUUUGGACUCGGUCCACUGGCGGUCGCGUGCUGAGGAUUCGCGAAACCUGGAAGAAUUAUCUCCAGUGCCCGCCCAGCACCGUCUUCGAGUUCAAGUCCCACGAUGAGAGCAUCCAACAUCGCGCCGCCAUCGAGGAGUCCCGCCGGGAGAAGCAGCAGGACAAGCGCAAGCAAGUUGCUUCUGACGAUCAGAAGCUGCCGCCAGCUUAG